UCAGUUAAAGGCGUGUUACCGAACGGGGCUCACUUAGUCGAGCAGUUUAGGCCAGUUACUAGUUAUCAACUAGGAGUUUCCGUCAUUAAAUUAGUAAAAAAGUAAAACAAGGAGAAUGUACAACGCAGGCUACCAGGUGGACGUGAUCGAUCCCUACUAUCAGCCGCCCGUGGAGGUGGUGAAUGUUAUUGGACCCCCGCCCCCCGUAGAGGUGAUAAUGCCCUCGCCCGUUUACAACCAGCCGGUGGUUGUGGUGGAGCAACCCAGCUACAAUCAGCCAGGACCCCCCCAAGGACCCAGUGACGCCGAGUGCUGCAUGCUGCUAGGAGCCUGUUGUGUCAUGGAGGAGUGUGGCCUGUGUGUCAUCAUGUAGAUUGUGUUGUUGUCAAAUGAUUGCUAUAAGAACUAUGUAAACUAAACGCUAAAUAUAUAGACUGAAACUAAGGAUGACUAAUCGGAGUGAUGAUUCAAAGUUUGCAUUCAAAGCAAAGUUUUAAAAGCAUAUCAAUUUAAUAUACGAUGCAUUAAUGGAAAGUCGAACAAGUUGGUUUUAAGUGCUGAACCUUAUUUUGAUAUGGUAAUACAAAGUGCUUUUGUUAACAAUAAAUGUUUUAUUUCAAUUUC